ACCGUCUGCUUGUCAAACCGAACCUCCUCCUCCGCUUUACUGUCCCCUCCCAGUAGGUCUCCCUCCCUUUGCCACUGCAGUGAAAGCCUCGGCGAAGCAGAGAGAGAGAGCGACGGCGAAGCAGUAGCCCGAAGCUUUGGGUUUUAACGCCAGGACGAGACCUUUCCUUUCGGAGAAGCUCCGGCCGCCGCGUCGACCCUCGAUCCGCUCCUCGCCUCUGCUCGGUGGGCCUCGGUGAACCGCUUUUUCCGCUCGCAUCGCCUGGAUUUCAUCAUCCGACCCGCAAGAUGGGAAAUGAAGCCAGUUACCCCCUGGAAAUGUGCUCACAUUUCGAUGCUGAUGAGAUUAAGAGGCUAGGGAAGAGGUUUAAGAAACUCGACCUAGAUAACUCCGGCUCUCUCAGCGUGGAGGAGUUCAUGUCUCUGCCGGAGCUGCAACAGAACCCGCUGGUGCAAAGGGUUAUCGACAUAUUCGACACGGACGGGAAUGGAGAGGUGGACUUUAAAGAGUUUAUUGAGGGAGUCUCACAGUUCAGUGUCAAGGGGGACAAAGAACAGAAGCUUCGAUUCGCUUUCAGGAUCUACGACAUGGAUAAGGAUGGCUACAUCUCCAACGGCGAGCUCUUCCAGGUGCUGAAGAUGAUGGUAGGCAACAACCUGAAGGACACGCAGCUGCAGCAGAUCGUGGACAAGACCAUCAUCAACGCAGACAAGGAUGGAGACGGCAGGAUAUCCUUUGAAGAGUUCUGUGCAGUGGUCGGCGGUCUCGAUAUACACAAAAAGAUGGUGGUGGACGUGUGAGCGGCUGGGCUCGCUGAAUCCCCCUUUCUGUCCUCAACACUCGCUUUCUCCACCAUCUCUGAAGAUCUGCUCAAGAUGUCCGGCAAAAUGCUCUCUGUGUAACUCAAUGGAAGUAUUCUCUCUCUUUUAUCUCUCUUUUAUCUCUUUCUCUCUCUGUGAAGCCACUUUUUCUUUUUUUCAAAAACACAAAAACAUAAAAAAAAAAACAAAACCCAUGGGCCUCGUGAAGCCAACUUUGAAGUGUUCCGGGACUGAAAAUCCUCUCAGUUGCAGCACCUGAACAGACUGAAGGAUGAAGAGGGGAGGAAGAGGGAGGAAGAGGGAGGCUGGUUGGCUUGUUCAUAUUUCAUCCUUUUUCUUUUGUUGAUUGUUAUUUUUGAUAUUUAUUUUUUUGUUCUUGUCUUUUAUAAAGAAGAAAAAAUACAAGUUAUAUCUGAGGGGAAAGUGCAGAGAACCAACAGCUAGAAAGUAAGGUAUGAAGUGCCAACCAGAACAUAUCCAGACUCCACUUAUUUACCCGUCAUCACGUUUCCGACCGCGAGUCACAGUCAAAAUGUUCCCGUUUUUCCUUCUCUGUUUUUCGACUAGUAAAAGCAAAUCCUGUUUCUUCUUUUAGUUUUAUUUAUGCUUAAAGAAUGCAUUCAUAACGUCGGUAGAUAAACUAAUGCCAAGAAAAUGUCUUUCCAAAACUCUCUACGAAGCGUUUCUAACAUCCAUGAGACAAUCUCCUCCGAUCACACCGACUCUGUUCUGAUUAUUUCUGUAGUUUUAGGAACACAAAGCAGGACGGUUUUAGCUCGAUGGUGAGAUUAGAGGACAUUUAAGAGACUUAUCUGCAGGCAGCGUUUUCUUUGUUUUUUUUUUUAACCGAUAUGUGUAUAUUAGGUAACGGACGUGUGCUCGUCUUAUUUAACAGCGAGGAGAGAACUUGAGCCCUUCUGAAUCAGCAGCAGCUCAGGACGGGUCGCUUCCUUCUUCAACACUUCAAAUCUUAAACACGUUGGCAUGAACAGUGUGCAAUGAGGUAGACUGUAUAUUGUAGUUUGUUUUUUUUCUGAUCGUGUACGUUUCAAAAGUUGGCUUCUUCUUCUUCUUUUUUUCUUUUUUUUCUGUCACAGUCAUUUUCUCCCCCUCCCACCCACUAACAGGGAGAAAAAUCAAAAAAGUAAUCAACCAAAAUUUUAAUUUUCCAAGGGGAAAGGAGGAAAAAAAAACGCUUCCUACUAUAAACAGCUUUUGGGAUAGCUUUUUUUUAAUGGUUUCUUUUGGCUUCGGAGGCCGGCUGCCGGUUCCAGCAGGAUGUGGAUCCGGAGUCGUCUUCGGUCCCCGUUAUCCCAGAGCUCUGCACGGCUUGGGCCUCCCUGUGCUUGCAUGACAUGGAAGUAUAUUUUUUGUUGUGCAUGUAGAUCAAUUUUUUGAAAUAAUCCUCUUGUUUACACAUGGAUGGUGAUGUUAAUAUAUUUAAGAGUUUAAAUGGUAUACAAAUAUGGAUGUUGCCAAACUUUGGUAAAUGUACACAUAUUCUGAGAGGUAAUCCAAAUGAACUGAACUACAUGUAAACUUUUUUGUAUUUUACCCGGGUCAGCCAGAUGCUUCGAUUCCAGUAAAAGUCGCAUAUCUGAUCCUGUCUCAAACUGCCACACACUGUACUCAGCUUAAAGGGGAAAAAAUUAGAUGUUUUUUUUUCUUUCUUUUGUAUAUAAGUAUUUGUUAAAUGCAGUUCUGGCUCUCUGUUCUCUGUAUAGUUCAGACCGCGCUUUAGUUUGUAAGUGCUACUUUUUCUCUGAGGGACUUGGGUUCUUUUUAGUUUGUGUGGGGAUAUCUGAAAAGAUUUACAUUUGAGAACCUUUUUUUUCCUUUUUCUGCAUGCUGCAUCUUAUGCUGUGGGACUGUUGGAAACUUGAUACUGUAUGAAAAUUAAAUAAAAUUUAAAUAAACUUUGAAAUGUUGAAAGUAGAA